AUGAAGUUGAGUGCUGAGCCCGAGAAAAGGCCCAAGAAAAAUUCAAGGACCAUGCCUAUCCAAUGGCAGAGCCAUACAAGGCCCUUAGCUGCAAAACCCAAUCCAGGCCCAUCAGGGACACAAAAUCGCACUGGCUUUGGACUGACGGAUCUUUGCCGGUUGGUAGCAGGAUGGGGAUGUAAAUGGAGGGGUUUGCUGAUGCCGGUGGUAUCGCCACACGGAGCUGAGCGAGCCUUGUUACUCCUUUCAGGUUCGGCGAUGAUGGUGGUCUCAAAGAUGAGAUUCAUGGAGCAUGUAGAGAAGCCAUGGAAGAGAGAGAAAGUAGCUAAUCUUGUCGAGGUCAAAGCUGGUCGGCAGAGAGAGAAGAUUCUCAGGGGAAGCGCAGGCAGACAAACGGCGGUGAAGAGAAAGCCAUCUUUGUUCAGAAAAUUUCGGCGGCAGCCACCUUGGUAG